AUGGGUCAACAAUCCCAGCCUUGGAUCAAUCCACAAAAUGUGCCACAGGGUGAAAGUCUCAAGAAAUACGGCCGAGACUUGACGGACAUUGCCAAAAGCGGUAAUUUGGACCCAGUGAUCGGUCGGGAAGACACGAUUCGGCGUGCAACUCAAAUUCUUUCACGACGUACCAAGAACAAUCCACUUCUUAUUGGAGAACCGGGUGUAGGGAAAACGGCAGUCGCUGAAGGACUGGCUCAACGGAUUGCAUUAGGUGAAGUACCUGAUAGUCUCAAGGAUAAACAAGUGGUGGCAUUGGAUUUGGCAGCGUUAGUCGCUGGAGCGAAGUUUCGAGGAGAGUUUGAAGAGAGAUUGAAGGCUGUACUAAAAGAUGUUGACGAGAGUCAAGGCAAGAUCAUUCUCUUCAUUGAUGAGCUUCAUACGUUAGUAGGAGCAGGUGGGAAUGAAGGAUCAACUGAUGCUGCUAAUAUGCUCAAACCAGCCUUGGCACGUGGUGCUUUGCACUGCAUGGGAGCUACAACGCUGGAUGAAUACCGAAAAUACAUUGAAAAGGAUGCAGCCCUAGCAAGACGGUUCCAACCGGUUCUUAUCUCGGAACCAAGUGUCGAGGACACGGUGACGAUUUUGCGUGGACUCAAGGAAAAGUACGAAGUUCAUCACGGCGUGAGAAUUGCCGAUAGUGCUCUUGUAGCAGCUGCUACUCUUGCAAACAGGUACUUGACAGAGCGAAAGCUGCCUGAUAAAGCGAUUGAUUUGAUGGACGAGGCAGCGUCGCGCCUUCGAUUGCAGCAGGAGAGUAAACCAGAACCGAUUGAAAAGCUCAACCGUGAGAUUAUCCUGCGUCGCAUUGAGAUUGAGGCUCUACGCAAAGAAAAAGAUGCAGCAUCGAAGAAACGCAUGGCUGCGUUGGAAGAAGAAGUGAAAAAGGCUUCUGACGAGCUGCAAAAGUUGAUGGAUGAGUGGAAUGCUGAGAAGCACAAAUUGGAAGAGAUGCAACAGGCAAAGCGAAAGCUAGAAGAAGCGCGUCGUGACUUGGUUGCUGCACAAAAUGCAGGCAAUUACGCACGUGCUGGGGAGCUAAUGCACUCUGUCAUUCCAGAGCUGGAGGCAGAAGUGGCUCAUGAAGAGCAAGAGGAAGAGGAAAUGAAGAAAGCAGGAAAGAGCAGAACCGCUCUGGGUGAUGCCGUGACUGGUGACCACGUAGCUGAGGUCGUAGCACAGACCACAGGGAUUCCCGCGUCGACGCUUAUGGAAGGAGAGAAGCAGCGACUGCUUAAGAUGGAGGACCACAUCAAUCAGCAUGUGAUCGGCCAGGAGGAAGCUGUCAAGGCCGUAAGCAAUUGUAUUCGCCUUGCACGCGCUGGACUUCACGCACACAACCGGCCGCUUGGUGUGUUCAUGUUCUUAGGCCCUACUGGUGUCGGCAAGACAGAGUUGACCAAGUCGCUAUCUGAAUUUUUGUUUCAAACCCCUCAAGCGCUUACUCGCAUUGAUAUGUCCGAGUAUAUGGAGAAGUUUAACGUAAGCCGUCUCAUCGGUGCACCUGCAGGGUAUGUUGGCUACGAGGAAGGUGGUCAACUGACAGAGGCUGUGCGUCGCCGGCCCUACCAGGUUGUCCUCUUUGACGAAUUUGAGAAGGCACACCAUGAAGUCAGCAAUAUUCUACUACAAGUGCUGGAUGAAGGUCGUCUGACUGAUUCACAUGGUCGUCUUAUUGACUUCCGUAACACUGUAAUUAUCCUCACGAGCAACCUGGGCUCUGAGAUUCUUGCUGGACUACCAGAGGGUUCUCCAAGCUCUAUGGCUGAAGCUGGUGUCAUGAAUGUUGUACGCUCUCACUACUCACCGGAGUUUCUUAAUCGCAUCGACGAACUCGUCCUGUUCAACCGGUUGAAACGCGACGAUAUCCACUCGAUUGUCGAUUUGCAGCUGCGUCAAGUGGAUGGUAUGCUAGAAGAAAAGGAGUUGGCUAUGAAGGUAGAUCCAGAAGCUAAGGACUGGUUGGCCGAUGUUGGUUACAGUGCUCUCUACGGUGCUCGACCGCUAAAACGUCUGAUCCAGCAACAUGUCUUGAAUCCUAUGGCUGUAAAACUUCUGGAAGGUGCCGUUGCUCCAGGUCAAGUGCUGCACGUCAAAGUGAAUCCCAAUUACGAUGACGAACUACAGAAGAACGCGAAAACAGCGAAGCCAUUGCUUAUCACAGUGGAGUAA